AUGGACACCAAGAUCGGAGCUUUGGAUACUUGUAUGCCAAUGUGCAGCGACGUAGGAAGCAUACCCACGAACGGCGUCGUAUCCACCAUCCAAAACUCAGCCAUCCCAUGCAACUCGGUCGAGUCGACUCUGGGUCGCCACCUCGCUCGCCGGCUAGUCCAAAUAGGGGCCACCGACGUUUUCUCUGUCCCCGGAGAUUUUAAUUUGACUCUCCUCGACCACCUUAUAGCCGAGCCUGGGCUCAACCUCAUCGGCUGCUGUAAUGAGCUCAAUGCUGGCUACGCAGCCGACGGCUACGCUCGCGCCCGCGGCGUCGGCGCAUGUGCUGUGACCUUCACCGUCGGAGGGUUGAGCGUUCUGAACGCUAUAGCCGGUGCUUAUAGUGAGAAUCUUCCAGUGAUUUGUAUUGUUGGUGGACCCAACUCCAAUGACUAUGGGACUAAUAGGAUCCUCCAUCAUACUAUUGGGUUAGCCGACUUCAGUCAAGAGCUUCGUUGCUUUCAGACUGUCACUUGCUAUCAGGCUGUGGUGAAUAAUUUGGAGGAUGCACAUGAACAGAUCGAUAUGGCUAUAUCUACUGCUCUGAAAGAGAGCAAGCCUGUUUAUAUAAGUAUAAGCUGUAACUUGCCGGCGAUUCCCCAUCCUACUUUUAGUCAUGAGCCGGUCCCAUUUUCACUAUCUCCCAAAUUGAGUAAUCCGAUGGGUUUGGAGGCAGCUGUGGAGGCAGCGGCAGAGUUCUUGAACAAGGCGGUGAAGCCAGUAAUGGUGGGAGGGCCCAAACUACGGGUUGCUAAGGCAUCCGAGGCGUUUCUUGAAUUGGCUGAUGCUUCUGGCUAUGCACUUGCGGUAAUGCCAUCAGCUAAAGGGCUAGUGCCGGAGCACCAUUCCCAUUUCAUUGGGACUUACUGGGGCGCGGUGAGCACAGCCUUUUGUGCUGAAAUUGUGGAAUCAGCUGAUGCAUAUUUGUUUGCUGGACCAAUAUUCAAUGACUACAGCUCUGUUGGGUAUUCUCUGCUUCUCAAGAAAGAGAAGGCCAUCAUUGUGCACCCCGAUCGUGUGGUUAUUGGGAAUGGGCCUGCUUUUGGGUGUGUUUUGAUGAAGGAUUUCCUGAAAGCACUUGCAAAACGGCUUAAGCACAACCCGACUGCUUAUGAAAAUUACCACAGGAUUUAUGUUCCUGAAGGACAUCCACUCAAGUGUGAACCUAAGGAGGCCUUGAGGGUCAAUGUUCUGUUCGAGCAUAUACAGAAUAUGUUGUCAAGUGACACGGCUGUGAUUGCUGAGACAGGGGACUCAUGGUUCAAUUGCCAGAAGCUGAAGUUGCCAGAAGGAUGCGGGUACGAGUUCCAAAUGCAAUAUGGAUCCAUUGGUUGGUCUGUGGGUGCAACUCUUGGUUAUGCACAGGCUGUACCUGAUAAACGAGUGAUUGCUUGCAUUGGUGAUGGGAGCUUCCAGGUGACUGCUCAAGAUGUUUCAACAAUGCUACGGUGUGGACAGAGGACCAUUAUCUUCCUGAUAAACAAUGCUGGUUACACCAUUGAAGUUGAGAUCCAUGAUGGACCGUACAAUGUAAUCAAGAACUGGAACUACACUGGAUUGGUUGAUGCAAUCCACAACGGCGAAGGCAAUUGCUGGACAACAAAGGUCCGUUAUGAAGAGGAGCUCAUUGAAGCAAUUAAGACAGCAACUAAUGCCAAGAAAGAUUGCUUGUGCUUCAUCGAAGUGAUUGCUCAUAAGGAUGAUACAAGCAAAGAGUUACUUGAAUGGGGCUCUAGGGUCUCUGCUGCUAAUAGCCGCCCACCAAACCCCCAGUAAAUCUUUUUACUUCUGCUACUAUGCGGAUCCAACCAGUUAAUGCUGAAUCAGCCAGCAACUUUGUGCAUCUUUGUCAAAUAUAGAUUGUAAUUUCGGGUUUUCUAAAACAUUUUGCAUAUACGGAAGAGUGUGGCCAGCUAAUGUAAUGUGUGUUUUCAUUUGAUUUCGAAUGCCUACUGGUGUUAUUGCUUCAUCUCUUAGUGUUCUUUCUCUUCCUAAACACUGCUUUUUCAUCAUGGAUGCUGGAUGGAAAUUGAAAGGAAGCAAGCGGACUUGGUUGCUUUAGUAAAAAAAAUGGAACAUGAUUAUACCGGA